UCUCAUCUCACGACCUUGCCGGCCGCCCGCACUAGACGCCCACACUCGCCGCCGUCCGGUCGUCGCCGCCUCGCUGGACACUGGCCCCUGCCAGCCUGCCUCCCUCCCCUCUCCAGCCUCCACUUACCGCCGCUCGCCGUUCGUUUCUCGCGCAGCCCGCCGCUCGGCCAGAUCGAGUCUGCAGAUUGAUUAUGAAGAGAAAGAGUGAUAGCCAAAUUGCAUCUCUUUUCCGGAAUCGUGAAGCGAAGAUUGCAUCUAGUUCAUUGCUCAUGGUUGUACUUGUAGCUGAUGAGCAAACCGAAGACCCAAGGCAUUCCGCACCUCCUGUCCAAUCUGAUUCCGAGAGUGAGAAUGAAACAGAAGAUACAAUACCAGAUCCACCAUCACCAGAACGACCAAGUGCAACAUCAUAUGAUGCUCACUUCAGGCCGUAUGAUCCAGGGGAAAGGGUUCCUAUUUCUGCAUAUGCUGACAAUGAUCAGGAUGUUGUUCGGAGAGGAUAUAUCGCAAAAGUCCCAUGCCAACCAUAUUCACAUGACUUCGGAACCAGAAAAAUAUAUGGCGUAAGUCGGCACUUCAGUUGUGUUUGGUUUGAGCAUUACAAAUGGCUAGAAUAUAGUAUCGAGAAGGAUGCUGUGUUUUGCUUUGUGUGCUAUUUGUUCAAAGGGAGAUCCAAUGGGGCACGGGCGCCUGGUGGUGAUGCCUUUGUUAAAGGUGGUUUUAGAGAUUGGAGAAGACCCAAUGCAUAUAAGAAACAUGUGGGUGGUGUCACAAACAUUCACAACCAAGCUCUAGAGAAGUAUAACUUAUUUGUUACACCCAACACAAAAAUUGAUAAUGUUAUUGUGAAGGUGUCUAAGAAGGAUUUACUCCUUUACAAGAAUAGACUAACUUAUUCUCUUAGAUGCUUGAGGUUUCUUUUGAAUCAAGGAUUGGCAUUUCGUGGACAUGAUGAGAGUGAAGAAUCAAACAAUAGGGGGAACUUUAUUGAGCUUCUAAAGUGGCUUGCUGCAAAUGAUGAAGAAGUUGACAAGGUUGUUCUGAAGAAUGCUCCUGGAAAUUGCAUCUUGAAUAGUCCUAAGAUACAACAUGACAUUAUUGAGUGUUGUGCGAAAGAAACCACUAGACUAAUCAUUGAAGAACUUGGUGAUGACUAUUAUGCAAUUCUAGCCGAUGAGUCUAGUGAUAUAUCUCAUAAAGAACAACUUGCUCUUUGCUUGCGUUAUUGA